AUGGUCGCCGCAAGCCCAGACAUGGCCGGCUCCAAAAAGCGCAAGCAUUCCGAUGACGAAGACCCGGUUAAAGGUUCGAAUACAGAUACUUCCUUCGGAAUCGGUCAGACUUUAUCUCGGCUUCAAAAUAACCCGACAGCAGAUACAGAGUCGGCGGCGCAAGCGCAGAACCGGGACGAUGUGUCGAAAAGACCUACCAAAAAACGGGGGAUAGAUGGAGAGAAGACCAAAUACCCGCAGCUCAAUUACGUUGAAGGCAAGCUUCAAUCCUCGAUUCGGAUCGCCGACUUGCAGAACCUCCUACUCUACUGCUUUGCAGAUGGCAUCGCGCCGCAAUGGAUCUCAAUCAAGCACUCGCCUCGUGUUCGGAAAAUCGUGGUUUUGAUGGUUCCGGGAUUGGAAUUGGGUAUGUUCGAUGGGACAAUCUCCUUGCAGGCGCCCAAAGACAACAAUGCGAGCACCGACGCCCCGGCGGAGCAGGAGGGCGCCAUGGAUACAGAGGAAACGGAACAGGACCCCAAACAGAGCGAUUUUCAACGGUGGAAACAGGGACUUCCCCCGCAGGAUCGAUCGAGUCAGUUUAAUCCCCGCGCCUUGUCGCGCGACAGCUUGCCAGAGCCGUUGCACCCCUUGGCUGAGUUGUUCCCUCAUGUCUGGCCGGUGAAAGCUCCCGGGGAUUCCAAAUACAACCGAGUACAUUCUCCACUCCAGGCUAUUUUGUUGUCCGCUCUACCGAAAAAUAAGGAAAGCAACGGUACAAAGGGCCCGAAGCAGGCGAAGAUGGAUAAAUCCUUCCAGCCUAAGCGAACGCCUAUUACCAAGUUCGUUAGUAGUCUUGAGGACCUCCGCGAAAAUGACUACCCUCUCCACCCGGCUCUCUUCGCGACAGAAAGGGAGAAGGCUGAGCUGACCGAACAUCGCAAACGACUCGGCCAGUCAGCCGAGGAUGGAUGGGUAGACACCCACAUUAACAGCCUUGAAGAAGGCGAAAUCCCCGAAGCAGAGAUCCAGCAAGGAAGUAUGACGGCUGGGCGGGAGGUCCUGGCCAUGGACUGCGAGAUGUGCGUCACGGAAGGCGGCAACUCUGAGCUCACGCGCAUUAGCUUGAUACGCUGGGACGGUGAAGUUGUGCUCGACGAGCUUGUGAAGCCACAGCUACCCGUAAUUGACUAUUUGACCCGGUUCUCUGGAAUCACGAAAGAAAAGCUGGAUCCUGUCACGACCACUCUUGCCGACAUCCAACAAAAGCUUCUCUCCAUCUUCACCCCACGCACGAUUAUUGUCGGCCACUCCCUGAACUCCGAUCUGACUGCCCUCAAACUCACUCAUCCUUUCAUCGUCGACACCACAUUCAUCUACCCGCACCCUCGCGGUCCACCGCUGAAAUGCAGCUUAAAAUGGCUUUGCCAGAAGUAUCUCGGCAAGGAGAUCCAAAAAGGCCAAACGGGCCACGACUCCAUCGAAGACUCCGUCGCCGUGCUUGACCUCGUCAAACAGAAAUGUGAGAAAGGCGAACGAUGGGGCACCAGCGAGGCUUCAAACGAAAGCAUCUUCAAGCGCCUCGCGCGCUCCGCCCGACCCGGAAAGUCCUCUACGGCCAACGACGGCCGCACCGGUGCCGUGGUUGACUGGGGCUGUCCCGAACGCGGCUUUGGAUCGCAGGCGACGGUUGCGAUCGGGUGCAGCGACGAUGAGGAAGUUGCGCGGGGAAUCUCUUCUGCUGUGAACGGCGACGCCUCUAACGCCUCUAUCCCGAGUGAAGGCGUCGAUUUCACCUGGGGACGCAUGCGCGAGCUCGAAAUGCACCGCGGCUGGUGCAACCGCAUGCCCGAUCCCAACAAAGCCAAUGAAUCCACGGCGCUUGUUCCUCUCCCUGCCGAUUCGUCGCGAGGUCCGGGUCCGCGGCCCGAUAACUUGGAAGGUGGCUGUAAUACGGAAGAAACCACCCCCACCGAUAACGAUGAGUUGCAGGGUCUCUCGGACAUGGUGGCGCGCACAACGUCGAACAUUCAGCGUGUGUACGAUUCCAUGCCCCCCUGCACCUUGUUCGUAGUGUAUUCAGGCACCGGGGAUCCACGCGAAGUCAGCCGGCUGCAGGCCAUGCAUAAGACGUUCCGCGACGAAUACCAGUCCCGGAAGCCGUGGGACGAGUUGACUGUGAAGUGGACGGAUACGGAGGAGCAGGAGUUGAAGAAAGCGUGCGAGACAGCUCGAGCAGGAUGUGGAUUUAUGUGUGUAAAAUAA